AUGAUUGACCGGUUGUCUGAUCUCCAGCUGCCGUCUGGUCAAUCCCGCCCAGGAUCUUUCACCUCACUUCACAGCAAGGCCAAAGAUCUUGUCACUCGACAUGCUAGACAACCCAAACCCUCCCAAAACUCUGCACAGCUCACAGUACCUGAAGAGGGAGCCAACGAGCUUCUGAACAUGGGUGUUAACCAUCCUAGACUAGUGCAAUCUAGAGCCCCAGCUCUCCCUACGCCUGCCCCCGCUCUGCUAGACUCCCCGCGCGGCGGUGCGCCGCCCGCGCCUAGAAAGACAGCGGUCUGGACCGCUAUGACCCCGCCCCCUGGCGCUAUGACCCCGCCCCUGGCCUAG